UGCAGCCCAUUUUCAACCCAUCAGAAGGUUUGUUUGUUGUUCGUUGUAUUGAUCAAGCAAAGGUUAGAGAGAGAAAAGAGGAAAGAGAAAGAACAAGAAGAAGAAGAAGAUGGGAGAAACAGCAGAUGAUGAUGCUCUUCUCAAAGAAUUUUUUGCUGAAGUUGGUGAAGUUGAAAGAGAUAAUGAAGUUAUUAGGAUCCUCUCGUGUUUCAAGUUGAACCCUUUUGAGCAUCUUAAUCUACCAUUUGAUUCAUCAAUUGACGAGGUGAAAAGGCAAUAUAGAAAGUUAUCAUUGAUGGUUCAUCCUGACAAAUGCAAGCAUCCACAGGCAAAGGAGGCAUUUGGAGCAUUAGCAAAAGCCCAACAGCAACUUCUUGAUUCGCAAGAAAGAGAGUAUGUCCUUAGCCAAGUUAAAGCAGCAAAAGAGGAACUUAUGUCUGUGAGGAAGAAGCAACUACGGAAGGACACUGCUUCAAAAAUAAAAUCUUUGGUUGAUGAUAAAUUUGACCAGAAGCAUGAGCAAUCACAGGAAUUCCAGCAGCAGCUAAAAUUGAAAGUACGAGAAAUACUAACUGAACAAGAAUGGAGGAGGAGAAAAAUGGCUAUGAGGAUAUCUGAGGAGGAAGGCAGGCUAAAGAAGGAUGAAGAGGAACAAAAAGAGGUUUGGAAAAGGAAACGCGAGCACGAGGAGCAGUGGGAAGGAACAAGAGAAAAAAGGGUUUCUAGUUGGAGAGAUUUCAUGAAGAGUGGAAAGAAGGGAAAAAAAGGUGAGAUUCGACCACCAAAGCUUAAAACAGAAGAUCCGAACAAAUCUUAUGUUCAAAGGCCAGUGAAGCGAGGUUAAUGUAUCGCCUAAGGACAAACGCUUAAAACAGAAGCUAGGACUAGAGGCUGUAAUUUUGUAUUCACCCACUCAAAACAGUGAUAAAGCUUUGUAGAGUUUCCAUUGUUCUGGGUAUGACAAUCCUCCACUGUGGUCUAUGCCAUUCUUUCCUGAGUGGCAAAAAUGAUUGUAAGAUAUAGUAUAAAGUUAAAUUCUUUUUAUUCCCUUUCACAAGCAGUGGAUGAUGAUUGUUCUGGUGAUUUCUCGCUGAGACUGCUGGACUUCAGGAAAAACAAAAUUUGCAAAAUUUCUAAUUUUGUCUUAAGCAGAUUUAAAUUUUCCAUCUGUUUUGUUUUAAGCAGAUUUAUUGGUUUCCA